AUGGCCAUGAAAGUUGAGGCUGUCUCCACAGAGACCAUCAAGCCUUCCUCUCCAACUCCAUCUCACCUCAGGAACUUCAAGCUCUGUCUCCUUGACCAACUGGCUCCUCCGUUUUACGUUCCGGUCAUCCUGUUCUACUCCUCUCCCGAUGACAAGGUGGUGCCGAACUCUGCCUCGAUCACAGGACACUUGAAAACUUCGCUCUCCGAGGCGCUUUCCCCCUUCUACCCUCUAGGUGGAAGGGUGAAAGGCAAUGCCAUCAUUGAUUGCAACGAUGAGGGGGCCCUCUAUUUGGAGGCGAAAGCUCACUUCGAGUUGUCCGAAGUCCGGUCAAACCCAGACAUCAAUCAGCUGCAGCAAUUCCUCCCAUUCUCUCCUUAUAGAGUCGUUCCUAACAUAGAGAAACAGGUCAUUGUAGGGAUCCAAACCAACUUCUUCGACUGUGGUGGGAUCGGGAUUGGCAUCUGCAUCUGUCACAAGAUCGCUGACGCCGCGUCGGUUUCUGCUUUCCUCACCACAUGGUCGGAAAUUGCUCUCAAUGGCAUUGACGGUGAAGCCAGCCUCAUCACUCCCUUCUUGAAAGCAUCUGAGCUCUUCCAACCAAAGGACAUAAACUUCCAAAUGCCAUAUGGAUAUGGGGCCAUCAGCAAAGAGAAGCUUUCAACCAAGAGGUUUUGUUUCGACGGUGAGAGCUUGGCACGCUUCAGGGCCAGGUUUGGGAGUGCCACUCCUACUCGCGUUGAGGCGGUGACCGCCCUCAUUUGGAAAUCCACCGUGGAGGUGGCGAGGAAGAGGCCAGGGUGGAACGAGAAGUAUCCCCCAUCAUCAGCGGCGGUACACCCGGUGAACAUCAGAAGCAGAUUGAGGCCACAACCAUUGCCUGAGAAUGCCUUGGGCAAUCUAUUGCAGAACUCUGUUGCACCAAUGAUAGACGCAAACGAGGAAGUUGAAUUGCAGGACUUUGCAGCUGGUUGA